UGCACACAUUUUACAGCACUGUUAGGCAGAUAAAUAAAUUGUAUUUAUUUUAGUAAGAAAUAAAUCGUAGUCUUCAAAAUGUCCGAGCGAAAGGUCUUAAACAAAUACUAUCCCCCGGACUUCGAUCCAUCGAAGAUUCCGCGCAUGAAACUGGCCAAAAACCGGCAGUACACCGUGAGAUUGAUGGCUCCAUUUAAUAUGCGCUGCAAAACGUGUGGGGAAUACAUAUACAAGGGCAAGAAAUUCAACGCUCGCAAGGAGGACGUGGAGAACGAAACGUACCUGGGCAUCAGGAUCUAUCGGUUCUACAUCAAGUGCACGCGCUGCCUGCAGGAGAUCUCCUUCAAGACAGAUCCACAGAACACGGACUACGAGAUUGAGGCGGGGGCCACCAGGAAUUUCAUGGCACUCAAGUUGGCCGAGGAACAGGCACGUCGCGAGGAGCAGGAAUUGCGCGAUGAGGAGGCCAACAAUCCGAUGAAGCUGCUCGAGAAUCGCACCCAACAGUCGCGCAACGAGAUCGAAACGAUCGAGAGCCUGGAGGAGUUGCGUGAUCUCAACCGGCGUCAGCAGACAGUGGACUACAACACUCUGCUGCAGCAGUACAACACGGUGGAGACGGAGAGAGAGCGCCAGGAGCGGGAGGAGCGCGAAGACGAGGAUUUUAUUAAGUCCGUAAACUUUAAGAACAAGCCAGAAGGAAGCUCUCGUGUUGUCGCUGAGGAAAUCAUUGAGGAGAUCAAGGAUGAACCGUUGGACACACCGUCAGCUCCUCCACCAGCCAAACAGGCCAAGCCCAGCACGAUCAGUCUUUCCGCCACAUCCUCCAGCAAAGCAUCCGCAGCGCAGUCAAUGGUUAAAAGGAAGACACCAUUGGUGCUGGUCAAGCCCAAGGCAACCGCAGUAGCAAAGCCCACGGUAGCCACUGGAACGACGCAAGUUGAAUCCAAACCAGCCGCAACCACGCCCUCAGUUGUGUCUGCACCAGCGGAAACUAAAGCUACAAAUCAGCCAGCUGCCGCUCCAGCUGGACUUUCCCUCUUGGCUGCCUACAGUGACAGCUCAGAGGAUUCCAACUGACCAAGCAUUUACCUGAUGACACACUUACAACUCGAAGACAGAUUAAAGCAAGUUCAAAUAAUAAAAGC